GUGAUAUGGUCACGUUUUACAUUUUGGUUUCAGUCAUGUCAUGCUCUUUAUCAAUUCGAUUAGUCAAAUCCAUAAUCCUAAGCAAAUUUCGGCAAAUAAGCUUUUUACGUAACCAACACCACAAAGAUGAGAAUUCAUCUGGACGACUGACAAUCAGUUUAUUUUUCAAUGUUUGAAAUAUUAGGUUAUCUCCUAAUCCUUUCGAUAGUCUGCGCCUUGUUUUGAAGGUUUAAGGAGGAUAUAAAAUCUAACUAAACGACUAAACUUUUGCUUGAUGAAAUAUUCCAAAUAAAAAUUGAGGCUUAUAAAAUAUUUCCUCAUUAUUUCAUGCUGCCAUGCUUCGACAUGUAAUGCUCUACGACCUAACCAAUUAUGAUUUUGCUAAAUAAUUCUAUUGCUACUGGACGUAGUUAAUUAUGCUAAUCUAAUGCAGGUCUUUAAUAUAGGUAUUUUAUUUCAAAUCUUAGUGGAGUUAUGUAUGUGUCGGGCAGUUCUUAAUGUGAUCCAAAAUCUAACAUAUCGAAAGAUAGAUUUUUAAGGUUAAGUACUGUUUGUGAAUGGUAACUUUUAGGAUCCAUUUAUGGACCAGUACUAUGCCUAUAUUUUUAUCGUAUUAUUGUCAAAUAACUAAACUGUACAUAUUCAUAUCCCUCUUAUUAUGAGCCUUAUUUUGACCUAUGGUAGAACAGAAAGGAGAGCCUACGUCCGAUUCAAAGAACAAAUUCCAAAGAGUUUGAGAUCAAACGAACUAAAAGCAUUUAGCAGCGCUGUCGCAAGUCAUCUCCUUGACACAGGACACGAAGUCGAUAUACUAAAGUUCUUCAAGGUGAUCAACAAACAAUCAAAUUCAAACCUUUUGAAAUUCGCGGAAGCAAUAGCAAUCAAACGUUUAAAACCAGAUCUUUGUAUACAAAAAGAAACAUUAAUAAAUCUUUCUUUGCCCUGGUAACAUUCACCUCACCCCCUUUUAUUUUUGUUUAUUUUUAUUACGCCAUUUCAACUCUUUCUGAAUUUUAUAAUUACAUCAUUCAUAACUGACUAAUUUCAAUUCAUAUCUCUCUUUAUUAACAUUAAUCUAUUUUCAGUUACUUCAUUACAUAAUCGUCUAAUGUGUUUUAAUUCCAUGAUUUCUAAUAACCAUUUCAACUUUCUGGAACCUUCCUUCCCAAACUCUAUAUAUUCGAAACAAAAUUUUAUGACCUCAUUAACUUUAACGAAAUCUUUGCCACAUUAUGUUACAUAUAUUCAUCCUUCAUCGCCCUCUGUUGUAUAAGUAUGUCUAUCUAUAAUAAUGUUGAUUUUCAAAUAUUUUAGGUUGUAAGCAGCUGAUGAGAACCUAACGAAAUAAAAUGAAUUCAUAUUAUUCUGCACCAACCUUUGUUCUUGCUCUCUUUAAAAUAAUAAAGGGAAAUAUGUGUAUGAUAUUAUUAUACGAUUUACCAUUCUUGAGUUAUGCCUGGUCUAUUAAUUACUACCUUUCAUAUCCGCAGCCACAUUUGGCUAAAUCUUGUAAAAUUGUUGUUUCCUAUUUUAUGGUACGAUGUGGUCUGUCUGGUUGGUAUAUAAACCCAGUAUGCUUAAAAUAAAUGAUUCAUAUCGCAGAGGCUGUGAUUGGUGUUCUGGACUUAACUGACUGGGCUAAGCAGGAAGCAGGACUAAUAAGGACUCUAGACUGCUCGUACGCGUUUUAUGAGUCAUUGGUCCGAUCGAUAAUUCACUACGCUCUAAUUGGCGGUAUCAUUACUUUAUACAUUAGCAGGGAACUCGGGCCACAAGUUAUAACAAGUAUAUUUCGUUCGAAAAUACUAAAACAUAUGUUGUUCCCCUUUAGCAAUGUUUUCUCUACACACUAGUUACUUCUGGUCAUGUUCAUAGCUUGAUAAUAUGUGUUUUAUCCAUCCACAUAUACACAUUACUCUCACUUUAUAGCUCUACAAGUGCUUUGUCUUCCAGCUUAUCCGAUUUACGUGCGUUAAUAAUCCCUUAUUGGCAACCAAAAACAGUAUAUUUAUUCAAUGGCUGUACGGUGAGAAUGAAUGACUUUCUGCAAGAGCAUAUUAAAUCUGUAUCUGGGACAGUUUUGGAGCUCAUUCAAGAAGGAUUAUUUUCAAAUGUAACCGUUGUCAUGAAUGAUCAUGAAUUCAAGUCUAACAGUCUACUCUUGGCUAGCUCUAGUGACUACUUUAGGGCAUUGUUCAGUUUUCAGCAAAAUUCAGUUGAAGAACCUCGUUUGGAAAUCAAAUGUGAUUACGUUUCACAUGUUGGUCUCAGCCAUGUCAUGCUGUUUAUUAAUUCGAUUGGUCAAGUUCAUGAUUCUAUUCCUGCUGAAGAUUAUCAGGAUGUAUAUAUCGCGUCAAGCUUCCUACAAGUACACUGUCUUCGAAAAAUGAUGAGUCUUCGUUUAGAAGGGACUCUCUGUACAGAUAAUGUUCUUAAGAUUAUGAAUUUGGCACAUUGGUUCGAUGAUGAUGCGUUAUUUAAAAAAGCCAUAUUAUUCCUCUGGCACGAAUUCCAACUAAUCGAUUAUUUCUCAAGUGAUUUUGUGAAUUUAACUACCAAACAGAUCACAAAAAUAUUUCAAAGUGAUCAGAUCAAUAUAUCUCAGGAACGUGUUGUUUUGGAAGCAAUACUUGUAUGGCUUUGUCAUGAUGUUAAACGUCGAAUGGAGUUUUUCAAAAAUAACUUUCUUCAUCUUGUAAGAUUACCUUUGAUAACGAGAAAUGAAUUGAUGGAAAUAAUUAGUAAUCCAAAAUACUCUGCAGCUAAUGAUGCCUUACAGUUCUUAUUUUUGGCACAUAAUUCUUUAAAUCAACCAUCGUUUCUUAAUGAAUUAGAAAAAUUUUCAAUAUCAGAUAUUUGGAGUUAUCAAUUUCUACCGAAUUCACUUAUAGAUCCUAAACAAUAUAGACCAAGGGUUGGAACCAUAUAUCGUGUCUAUGGACUUGGAGGGGAAAGUGAUUUCAAUAACAACACUUCAGCAUCUUAUGAACUGCAAUCGAAUGAAUUUAUGGUUUAUAAUGAAGAUUUAAGUGUUGCUACUACAUAUACACCUCCGUAUGCUGCUUCAAGAGUACAUCAUGGUGUAGCUGCUUCUCUUAAUUGGAUAUAUGUAGUAGGUGGUGAAUCUGAAGAGGGUGAAUUAUUAAACCAUUGUUCACGUUUUAGUUUAACAGAUCUUGUUUGGCAUACAAUGAGUGAAUUGGACUCUCCUAGAUCACAUCAUACUUUAAUCUGUAUUGAAAAUUAUUUAUAUGUAUUUGGCGGUUAUUGCUUAAAUUGGGCGACAAAUUAUUCACCAGCUAGCGAUUCGAUUUUAACAUAUGAUAUCUGUACAAAUAAAUGGAAUAAUUCAAAUCAUAAAUUACCAUUUGGUUUGGUAGAUACAUGUGCAUUACUAUUGACUCAUAAAGGUCUUAUUAUGUUUGCCGGUGGUCUUGAAGAAUAUGGUGAUGAAAUGCGUCCGUCUGAUUGUGCCCUUCUAUAUGAUCCCACAGAGGAAGAUGGAGAAAAUUUCAAGUUUCUACCAAAACUACCAAUGCCUCUGAUAAGUGUGGCAUUGGCUUGUGACACUGUAGAAAAUCAAGUAUUUUUGUGCGGCGGUCGAAUGAGUGUUUACGGCUCGGAACUUGAUGAUAUUUCAAAUAAAGUAUUCUGCUUUAAUUUUAGUACAAAUUGUUGGACUCAGGUCACUGUACUAGAUUUUCCACGUUACAAUGCUUUCUCAUUUGUACUGUACGAUAGAUUGUAUGUGAUUGGUGGUAUUACGAUUGAUGAAGUCAUUGAGAAUACACCGAGUUCAUUGUUAACUUCGUUAAUCAAUGUAGAUCAUGAGGAUUCUGUGAUGGUUGGACAAAUAACUACUACUGAUAAUGAUCAAAAUAUUUCUCCUAACUUGUUAGAACAAUUUUCUGUCGGAAAUUAUAUUCGUCCAAAUAUCUUACAAGCUCCAUUUAGACCAUGUCAUUUUUCUGAAGGUUGGCAGUUAAGAUCACCAUCUUCAACAUCAUCAAAUAACUUGCAUAGAACAUCAACUCAGUCACGCCCUAAACGUUUAAAAUUAUCACUUGCUAAAUAUGAAAAUCAUUUACCUGUUAUAUCAAGAUGUUAUGCAGCUUAUUGUAUAGCUCCAUAUUUAAAUUGUAUGAAGUAGCUGAAAUGAAAAAAAAACGUAUAUAUUACAUGGCUAUUUGACCGCUAUGUCCAACUAGUCGAUAUUUAUUUUGUAAACUUCAUUGAGCAAAAUAACUUUUUCCUCCUCCACCCCAUAUUAUUUUGUAAAACCAUGUUUAUUAUUAUGAUUAUCACUACCUCUUUGUCUUUCUUUAUUUUGUCUCUUUUCUUUUGUUUGUUUUUACUGUUAAUUUAUCUGUCCAGUAGUUUAUUUCUUAUUGUUGUUUAUGUAUUUAAACAACAUUUGUUUCAUAUUAUAUUAAAAUUAUUGUAAAUCACUUGUUUUCAUUUAAUAUAUUUCAUUUUUCUGUUGAAUUUAAUGAUAACAAUAAUGGUCCAACUUUAUAUAUACAAAACGAGUUAAUAUCGUAUUGUUAGACAGUAUUUCAGUUCUGAAAAUUGAUGGUCAGCUGAAUAAUAAUUGGUUCACAGUCGUUGAUUUUAUGUGUGAGUGUUAUCGUAAGUUUGACAUUCUGGAGAGAUAGUGGAAAAUUCCAACUAAAUAGUUAAGUAUUUAGGAAAAUCGAGUAAAGCCACUCGAAUAUAUAGAGGUUGGAACUCUGUCGCACUUUUUAUCUCUAUGAGAUCUGGGUGUAUUCUGAGUCAAAUUUAUG